AACUCCCGUUACGAGAUCCCGUUUCGUAUCACACGCGUGGUCUGUUGGAGGAAGGGUCACGGCUCUGGGAGAAACAAGAGUUGCACGUUACAGGAAACACUGACCACAACCCCAAACAUGUCGAAAGUAAAGGUCGGAAUAAUUGGAGGAUCUGGUCUGGACAACCCUGACAUAUUGGAGAACAGGCAGGCAAAGUAUGUUGAAACUCCAUUUGGAAAGCCUUCAGAUUGCCUGGUUGUUGGAACUAUAAGUGGCAUUGAGUGUGUCCUCCUGGCUAGACAUGGCAGACAACACACAUUAAUGCCAUCCAACGUCAACUACCGAGCGAAUGUGGAGGCGCUGAAGGCAGAAGGAUGCACGCAUCUGGUGGUUACUACAGCUUGUGGGUCACUGCAUGAAGACAUGCACCCAGGCGAUAUAGUCGUUAUCGACCAGUUUAUUGACAGAACUCAGAAGAGAGCUCUGACAUUCUAUGAUGGAUCUUCCUCCUCACAUAGAGGUGUCUGCCAUAUUCCCAUGAACGAGCCUUUCUGCUCAAGAACCAGGCAGAUUUUGUGUGGGUGCCUGAAGGAUCUGGGUUACAGCCAUCAUUCAAAAGGCACGAUGGUGACCAUAGAAGGUCCCCGGUUUUCUUCAAAAGCUGAAAGCAAAAUGUUCCGUUUGUGGGAAGGCCAUGUGAUCAACAUGAGCACAGUCCCUGAGGUGGCUUUGGCGAAAGAGGCAGGUCUGUGUUACGCUUCACUGGCUCUGGUCACAGACUACGACUCCUGGCGGGAAGACACAGCGGCGGUGAACGUUGAAUUAGCUGUAAAAGCCUUCAAAGAGAAUGCUGUGAAAGCAGUCAACACACUGAAAAAGGCUAUUCCAAGAAUAGCAGAAGAGGACUGGACCGAUACCAUAGCUGAAUAUAGAGAUAUUGCUAAGAGGUCUGUGAUGUUACCACCAGAAUAGUGAAGUGAUCACUCUCCACCAAGUCCAGUGACAGAGGCUUCCUGUUCUACACGUUACUGACUCACCUGGAGUACCAAUGAGCUCCCUUUGUCUAUCAAUUAUUCAGACUGCAGUACAAGAUUGAAAUUGUUAGUCGGUGAUCACAUUCUUAUCUGUCUUGAAUUUUAAUUGGCCCAUCAUUUUGCCAUGUCUGUAUAUCACAAAGAAAAUGUAUGUCUAUCAGUGCAUGUCUUUCGUAAUUGUGUUUUGUUGUGUACUUUCAAAUUUGACAAAAAAUUACAUAUGUCUGUUUUUCUCAAUAAGGCCAGACCAAUUUUAUUUCUUGUUUUACGGAUCCGCCGGUCGUAUACUUUUAAGAAUAAGAAAAAAAAUUAAUUAAUUUUCCCCUGCUCAAAAAAUAAAAUCCUAAUGCUGAUGUGAUAUAAGUGAAAUACUCUUGAAAUCAGUGUGAAACCUAAACUCACUCAACUUAAUUUCAGUUGAUUUAAACAAAAGGGUUACCAUGGAAACUCAUGUGGGUUUUUGCUUUGACUGGUGAUUUUCCUUUUUCUCUCCUGCCUUUAGGUUUUCUUAGGACAGAAAUCCAUAAAGCAAGAAAUAAGACUGGUCUGGCUUAACCAAAUUUUCAAAAAAUCCCAUAUGACCAUCUUGUACCACUGGUUCCCAUGUUGAGUACAUAGUUUGACCUUCUGUGUUCUCAUUGGUGAUGUAUCAGUUGCUAAUUUCAUGUACAUUACACUUUCAUAAGAAGCUGUAGCUGCACUUUGUAUGUUCUUGAUUUGACCAGUCAUCAGUAUUUCCCAAGUUUGGGAUUCGAACCCGGGUCUUCGGCGUUACAAGCCAACGCUUUAACCACUAGGCUACCCCACCUCCCCCUAAGCACAUACAGCAUGCUGGACAUUAUUACCCCAGAUACCAAGCUGCUUAUGAGGUGCUAGAAGGUUAGUAGUCAUUUGGAUGUCAUAACCCGAGGGGCCUUCUAGUCAUUUAAAACCAAGUCAUGCAUGCAUUCAGGUACCAGGGACUGGGAAAGGCAGGGGCAAUGGGCCAUUUUGCACAUUAGAAUAAAAAAUGGCCCAUUAAAAUUUACUAUUGAUACAAGGGCAGUGGCCCAUUCUAAAUUCAAAAAUGGCUAAUAAUCCUGAAAAUGGCCCAUUGUCAAAGUUCUCUAUCCCAAUCCAUUAGGUACAUUUGAUAAAAAUCAGUGUAGCGUAGAUAGACAUUUUCUUUUGAAAGCCAUGAAUGACUCUUUAUGAUAUGUGCCAAGAACAGUUAAUUUAUAGAGCAGAGAUUACUAAAUCUAUUUGAGUUGCGUCAAACUUUGUAUAAACUUACUAGUGAAAAAAGUCCAAAA